GUUAUUUUUGAUUAUUAGUCAUAUCUCCUGUUCUUUAUGUGAUUUACUGAGGACAGUAAAUCCCUCUGAAUUAAAUUUAGGGGGAAUCUAGGUCAAAUCUAAUCUUUAGUUAAAUAGAAGUAAAAUUAUUAAAUAAUUGCAUUUAACCAGACUGAAGUUAGAAAGCAGGAUAAAAUGCUGGCUAGACAAAAUAGAAAACAUAGAAAAUCAGUAUGGCUUAAAAAAAUAAUAAUUAAUGUGUUUAUUUGCAGUUGGGUGGGUGGUGGGUGAAACUAAAAUAGCCAGACCGAAAAUAGAACAUUCUGGGAUGUUAAGGGAGCAGAUGGUGAUAGAUUCAUUUCUCAGUUUCAGUAUAUUUUAAGAUUCAAGUUCCAUCUGGCAGUGUUUGGGACUUCUAGUUUGGUUCUGCAUGGCUGAAAAUAGCCCUGAACGGUCCGAAAACAACAUCUGUUGUUUCUGGUCUUCCUCCCCCUCCCCUUUCCAAAAAUAAAUCUGAUUUAUCAUGUUUUAACCUAAAAAAGAAAGAAGAUAGUCUCUUCCUUUAGGCAUUUGUUUUUGCUGGCACUUUAUGGUUUCUGCUCAUUUUCUUCUGGAAAUCAUUCGCUAAAAUGUUUCUACGAAAGUAACUCCUUCCAUCCUCCCCCUUUGGCCCUGCUGUAACUCCAAUAAUAAGGAAGAUACUGAGAGUGUCACUUUUGCUUGCCUGCUCAUUGAAUAUGGUGUAAAUACUUUGGAAAUCAUGUGGGAACCUGACGCUCCAGGAGAGAAAAAAUUCCCAUCGCAGCAAGUGACCGGACAGAACUGGUUUAUGACAAGUCAGCUCACAGUCCCUUCCUCCAGCUUCUCAAAAGUACCUUACAAAUGCCUUGCCAAGGCAAAGUCAAAUGGGAAAGCAUCUGACCUUCCCUCGGCCACCUUCACAAACCAAUAUUGCAUUUGGCAGCCUCUGAAGCCAGUUGACAUUCAGAUCUUAACACCCAGUUGCAGCAAACAGGGCUCAGAGGCCAACGUGGAGCUGAUGUGCUUCUUAAGAAGCCUUAGUGGCGGAAAAGCUGAAGUGGAAUGGCUGAAGAAUGGAGUAGAGAUCCAGAAGAAAGUAGAGGUGGCAUUGAAAGCUGAUGCAGGGAAGGGUGGUGGUUACUCCAGUUUCAUCCACAUGAACAUCAGCAAAGAGAGUUGGGACAAAGGGGACCGCUACACCUGUAAAGUGACUCGCCCGCCAGGCAGCCAAAACAUAACAACGCACAAUACCAGCAAAUGUCAAGUGUGCUAUGGUUGUACGCAUCGGCCCAUCCUGCUUUUUACCAAACCAUCUUAUAAAAGCCUGCUUGAUGAGUCGGCCAUCCUAGUCUGCACUGUGAUUUCUUCUAACCUUGAAAGUGCUCAGAUAACCUGGCUGGUGGAUGGCAAGCCCAGCAGUGAUGGUGUGACUGAGAAGGUGAAGACAGAUGCUAAUGGAAGUCAGAACCUGAGAAGUAAUCAUUCGGUGUCUUUGGAGCAAUGGACAAAGGGCACCAUCUUCACUUGCAAAGUAGCCGGGGCUUGCUUUGAAGAACUCACAGAAGAAAUAACCAUCAAAAAAGAUACUCAAAUUCAAGCACCCUCUGUCCUCAUUUCUCGAGCCUCCCUGGAUAUUUCGUUCAACAGCAUCACUGCUCUCAUUCUUAUCUGCGAUGUGAGUGGAUUUUCCCCAGCAGAAAUUAGCAUCUCGUGGAAAAGAAAUAAUGUAUCCCUGAAUGAAAAGCUGUAUGAUAAUGGGAUUGCAACACAGACUGCAAACGGGUACUCCAUUUACAGCAUCUUGAGAAUUGGCAGGGAUGAACCGGGAGGAAAGGGAGGCGGAUACCACUGUGUAGUGCACCAUCCUGCUUCUCAAAUUCCAUACACGGCUUAUGAAAAUGUACCCAUUGAUUCACUGAAGCCUCAAGCUCCUACUGCGGAACUCCUACAGUCAGUAGAUUGGGUGAAGAAAACCAUGAUGUUGAAAUGCAUCGCAUUUAAUUACAGACCCGCAAAUGUCACCAUCCAGUGGAAGGAUGGCCUGCAAAAUAAGCAGGAAGACACUGUGGAAAAGGAGAUGGCAGAUGGAACCUACUGGGCCAGCAGCCAACUCACCAUCCCCCUCUCUCAAUGGCAAGAAAUGGAAAGCAAUACUUGUGAGGUGAUACACCAGCAAACAAAUACAGAAAGCGUCAAGACGAUCUUCAGAAAAGACUGGGUCAUGCCCACUCCUCUCAUGGUGGCCCUGAACGUCCACCCACUCUGCCCCAGCCCAAGUUUAGGGCCCAACAGUACUGUUACCUUGGUCUGCUCCGUCUACGGCUACUCCCUAGAAAAUAUCCAAAUCAUCUGGGAAGCAGAUGGGAUAUCUCUAAACUCACCAAAGGACCAGUCAAAUAGUGUCCAAUUCUAUGACAGCAGGAACUUGACAUUAUCCCUGCAACAGUGGAACAAACUACUAGAAUAUACCUGCAAAGUAACUCAACAUGGCAGAAACCACACAGAGGCAAGAACUAUCAGCAAGUGCAAAGCCUGUAAGGACAGUAUACCACCUCCCACCGUUUAUCUACUCAGACCACCCCUUGAGACACUAUUCACCCAAAAGAGAGCUCUCUUCACAUGCCUUGUGGCGGGACAUGAACUGGAGUAUGUCAUUCUUAACUGGAUGAUGAAUGGGCUUAACCUCACCAUGAAUGCCACAAGAGAAAAAAUCAAGAGGCACCCAAAUCAGACCGAGACUUUCCAAAGCCAACUGAACCUCACCAGCCAGAUCUGGGAUUCUGGACAGAAAAUCGAAUGCAUCAUUUCUCAUCCCUGCUCGCUGUUCCCUGAGGUGAAGCAGAGCAUCCAAAAAAACAAAGAUUUCAGCCAUAUUAAAGAACCAUCUCUCUCCUUGGUCACUCCAUCACUAUCACAACUGACACAGUCUACCUCCCAAGCUGUUGCUUGGUUGGCUUGUGUGAUCAACGGAUUCUUCCCAUCUGAGAUUCUCAUCAAAUGGAAGAAGAACAACAGAAGUAUUGAUGCCUCUGAGUAUAUCACAGGCCCAUCCCUACCUGAAGCUGGACACUCCACCUUUUCUACUCAAAGCGUCUUGAAAAUCCCAGCAUCUGAAUGGGAAAAUAGAGCUAUGUAUACUUGCCUAGUGGGCCAUGAAUCCCUAACUAUCAUGAAGAGCAUCAGUAAACAUUUGUAUGAUUUCCUGAAACCUUCUCCACCACAAGUGAUGGCAUUCCACACCUUUGAGGACAAGGACCAUCUGAAACUUGUCUGCUUUGCUACCAACUUCUAUCCCAAAACCAUAGACAUUCAGUGGAGCAUCAAAGGGCAGAACCUCAAUUCCACUCCAAACUGUUCAUCUCCAGUGCCCCUCCCUGAUGGGAAGUUCCAGAAGGACUGUAGCCUGGCAGUCAGUGGAGAAGAAUGGCACAAUCCCCAAAUAUAUACAUGCACCGUAAAUCACAGUGCAACCAACCGAUUGAUUAAGAAAGACGUGCAUUCUUCUGGAAUGACGACACCUCCAAACAAUAUGGAAGUUAUCAAUAUGCAAGUCCCAUCCUUUGAAGAGCUCUUCACAAACAGAAGUGCAGCUCUAACCUGCAUAAUGCCCCUCAGGAAUGCAAGUGCCAAUGCAACAUUCAGCUGGACCAUGGAUGGAAAACUUGCUAACAAUGACUCGGUGACAAAUGAAAUCUUCAGAGAAACCAACAACACGUCUUUGAUGUACGGCCAAUUGCAGGUGACUCUGAGUGAGUGGAUCAACACCACCCAAUUCACCUGUAGCAUCCAGAGCGGCCUAGGAGAAAAAGUGAAGAAGCAUUUUCACCGGAGGAAUGGGACUGUGAGACCUCCAAAGGUGGCUCUCCAGCAUCAGUCCUCCAGUGAAGGCUUAAACGUAACCCUGCUCUGCACAGCUAAAGAUUUCUAUCCGGAUGAAAUCUUUUUGAAAUGGGAAGAAGAGAACCAAGAGAUGUCCUUCAAGGGUUCUGAUGCCCAUGGCAUGAAAUGCGAUCAUGAGAAACAAACGUGUUCCUUACUCAGCAUGCUCGAAGUCCCCACUAGCAAGUGGAUGAUUGGAGCUUCCUACUCAUGCCUUGUAGCUCACACCUCCUCUGAAAAUAUAAUAACUAGAACCACCAAUGUCUUUACUGAUUCCUGGGAUUGCACCCUCAUGGGAACUGCUGUGUGUGACGUCCGCAAUGAAGGUGAAGAUGAAUAUAGUGAACUGGAAGAAGCCAACAGUGUCUGGAAUAAAGUUUUCACCUUCAUUGUUCUCUUCAUCGUUGCCAUCUUUUAUGGUGGCCUUGUCACUUUCAUCAAGGUAAAAUAACCAUCAUUCUUUCCUAUUAAUGAAGCACACACCAAAUGAGACCCACCCUCCCCCCCACAAUCAUCCAUUUCACUCGCCCAUCCUUCAUGAUCACUGUUCUCAGCUACAUUCUUCAUGGGAAGUCACAGCAAAGCAUUAAAUGUUGCAAAAAUAUCCACUUCAACUUUACAGAAUCUGCUUUGGCAGCAUUAAUAAUAACAGGAAGAAACAAGUUUGUGUCCUGUGUGGGGAAAAAAAACCUGUAUGAAAGAAAGGGCCUUUAACAUCCUUACUCCAAAGGUCCCCAACGCCAAGGAGCUCACUAUGGAUGAACAACUACCAAUGUGUUGCCCUGUUUCCUUACUUUUGUAAAAGGCAAGCUUGCCCCUGCUGCACACUGAAAAGAAACACAAGGACUGCACUGCUGUCAAAGAACAAAGAGAAGUAUCAUGCACUUUCCAAACCAAGCCAACUUUUGAUCAUGGCUAAUUUACUGGCAUGCUACAUAGCAUUACUUGAUGGACUCUCUGGUGUGCUAAAGCGCUUCUCAAGAGCAACACUGUUUUCAUUUUUUAAGAAGAGGGUGAAAAUGAGAACCUGUCCCCCUACCUCCAGCACUUAACUCACCAGCUUCCUUCUCAGCAUGAAUUUCGUUUUGAUCCGCUUCCUAGUGCUAAACAGCUGAGUGGUGUUUUUGGUGCUAAUCGGCUACUGAGCAUGGGCCUAGAUCACCAUUUAAUUUAAAAUUAAUUUAAUUAGCUCCUUCACUUACUUUGCAUUAGGUACUUAGCCCCAGAGAGUUUCUUAGUGCAGAGUAUGAACAGUAAAUGACCUAGAGUGUCCAGGAACCAAUGGCUGUUUUCUUGAAACUAUAGGUCUCUAACCAGUGUGUGCUGUAUGUUCAUUGACUAAGGUUCAGUAUGUAUUUUACCAUGAUGUAGCACAUAUCAGCGCUACCCUCUUUUGCAUUUGUUCCAUUUUACGAAAUUGAGUAGCACUGCCCUGGCAAUUGCA